CGUCAUACCGGAAAAGCAUUCUCAUCGAGUCAGCCCGUAUACUGCUAUAUAUGCCUCCAUAAACAGAAGAAGGAAACGACGAUACAUAUAUGAUUCAGGAUGAUUCCGGAAUGAGCUGGAUGCCAUGCAGAGGAGACACAGCAGCAACACGGAGGGAAUGCCCCCAGAAAGAAGUCGUAGCCAGACCCUGGGAUCUGAGAGCAGCCUGGACGAGGGUGGUGUGUUUGACUGCCUGAAGCCCGACCCUUCCCCCUCCUCUCAGCAGCUGUUCACCUUGGUGGGGGUCCCCUCCGUCCCCUCCGCGUCCCUCCAGGCGGCCGGCCUGGUCCUGGCCUCCUCCCCGGAGGUCUUCAUCCAGAUGACUGCCUCGUCCAGGGAGGAGGGCGGCCGCUCUGAGGUGGCUCCCUACCUGCCGCGGCCCCCAUCCCACCACAACCACCACCACCACCCCUUCCAGCAUCGCUCCUCCCUGCUCCACUCCAGCUCGGCGGGGCCCGGGGAGAGGCAUGGGGGCAGGGAGGAGGCCUCCGACGACCCCUCCACCCCAGCCCCGGCGCUGUCGGAGCUGAAGGCGGUGGUGACCUGGCUCCAGAGGGGCUUCCCUUUCAUCCUCAUCCUCCUGGCUAAAGUCUGCUUCCAGCACAAGCUGGGGAUCGCCGUGUGUGUUGGCAUGGCCAGCACGUUCGCCUUCGCAAACUCAAGCUUCAAACACCAGGUCUCUCUCCGGGAGGAGAGGUCAGUGUUGAUGACGGUCUGGAUCCAGAUCUUCCUGGCGGGGAACAUUGUUUAUGUGUACUACACCUUCAGCGCCGAGGAGCUGUACAACAGCCUCAGGUUUGCAAAGCCCAACAUCAACAACUUUGACUUCUUCAGUCUAAUCUGGGCCGUGGGCAUCACUGAUUUUAUCCUGAAGUUCUUCACCAUUGGCCUGAAAUGCUUCAUCCUGUUUCUGCCCAAAAUCUUCCUGGCUUUCAAAUCAAGGGGUAAGGUGUACCUGCUGAUGGAGGAGCUCAGUCAGCUGUUCCGGGCCCUGGUUCCCAUCCAGCUGUGGUGUCGCUACUUCCUGGGGGAGGAACCAACCAACAGCUACUUCCUGGAGGCCAUGCUCAUCAUCAUAUACAGCCUGUGUAAGUCCUUUGACCUCUGCGGACGUGUGUCGUCCCUCUGCAAGGCCCUGGCCGUGCUGUGCAGCUCCCAGAGCUAUGGUCUGAGGGCUAGCAGUCAGCAGUGCAGCGAGGCGGGAGACGUGUGUGCCAUCUGUCAGGCUGACUUCCGGGAACCACUAGUUCUUCACUGUCAGCACGUGUUCUGCGAGGAGUGUUUGUGUCUGUGGUUCGAUAGGGAGAGAGCUUGCCCUCUCUGCCGUUCCUCGGUGACGGAGACCCUGCGCUGCUGGAAGGACGGCACCACCUCCGCACACUUUCAGAUCUACUAGCGACACGCGCACACACACACACGCUCCCACGUACGCACACAUACACACGCAAGCGCCUCGCGAUUAUUCUAGGUGUUACAUUUCAGCAACAUUUGAUCCUAAACGUGUUUUAAUCAUGUUUCAUACUAAGUAGUGGCACCUCCGUGUAGAUAUAUCCUUCUUGUUCGCCUUUAGGAUGGAAGCAUAUCCAAAUAAUGGGUACUUGCUGGAAGUAUGGACGCGACUGGCUGUUAAGAGCACGACUUAUUAGGAGUUAGCUGACGUGAUUGGAGUGUCUAAAGAACUGUCAAUAUUAGUUUAAUUAAACCAUUGCAUUUUG